AUGCCUGCAGUGGGGCCAGAAAAUACCACUAUGGUGGUAAGAGAAUUUUUUCUACUAGGGUUUGGAGACCUCAAGGAACUGAACCCCUUGCUCUUCUUGGUAUUUGGUAUUGUUUAUCUAGUCACAGUUUCUGCUAAUCUUCUUCUUGUCAUACUGGUAUGUACUCAACAAGGACUCCAGACUCCAAUGUACUUCUUUUUGGCAAACCUUUCAUGCCUAGAGGUCUGUUAUACAUCCAAUAUUGUUCCCCGGAUGCUGGUGGACUUACUACGGGAACAUAGGAUGAUCUCCAUGGUAGGUUGUAUAAUUCAGCUAUACUUCUUUGGGGCCCUGGGAAGCACUGAGUGUUAUCUCCUGGCAGUAAUGUCAUAUGACAGGUACCUGGCUAUCUGCUGGCCCCUACACUAUUCAACAUUAUUACAUGGAACCCUAUGUGUGGAACUAGCGAUUGGAUCAUGGCUUUGUGGCUUCUCAGUGGCAGCUGCCUUCCAGGCUGCUAUGCUGUCCAGCUUAAAUUUCUGUGGAGGUAAUGUGGUUGACCAUUUCUUCUGUGACUUGAAACCUCUGCAGAAGCUCUCUUGCUCUGAUCCCUAUCUGGUUAACCUAGUCUGCAUGAGUCUAACAUCCCUGGUAACCCUGGUCCCCUUUGGACUAACUUUAGCCUCCUACUGGAAGAUUCUUGCAGUGGUCUUACGAAUACCUUCCAUUAUUGGCAGGCAAAAGGCAUUCUCCACUUGUUCUUCUCACCUAGUAGUUGUGACCUUGUUUUAUGGGACUUUAAUUUUGGUCUAUGCUGUACCAUUGGCUGACCAAGUACCGGCUCUCAACAAGACCUUCUCCUUGUUCUAUACUGUUGUUACUCCAAUGUGUAAUCCUCUCAUCUACAGCCUCAAAAACAAAGAGGUCAAGGAGGCUCUGAGAAAAUUCAGGAUUCAGUUCUGUGAUUUUAACUUUACUUAA